AUGCCUUACGUCAAGCCCACCGUCCACCUCUCGCGUAUUGCUGGCACCGCCCUUAAGUCUUUCACCCACGGAUACGCCCAGACCGUUGUCGCCGCAUCGCAAUCCAGCUAUGCUGCUCAGAACACUUCGGCCGCGCCUCUCGCGGACACCUUGAUCGGUCGCUUCCGGAAGAGCGAGAAGAGUAGACUUCAGAAUGUCUACAACCACGUCGAGGCCUCUCGCCAGGCCAGCUCGAGUGCCGUCCCGACCACUCGUCCAGAGACCAGCCACAACGACUCCGGCCUAGACAAGUACUUUGAUGCCUGGCAGAAGCAUCAGCACAAUGGAACCAAGGAGUGGCAGCAGUUCCAGUUUGCGCGCCGAAUCGAGUGGCAGCCACCGUCAGUCAUCCCAGGCCAGAGUCAGGAGGUGGCAGAUGUUGAGCAUGAGAGCGUUGGAGAAGAGUUUGCCGCGCCUGCCCUCAAGCGCUCAUACACCACUAGCGCUCUCGACAACUUUGGCAAGGCCUUCAUCAAUGAUCUGGAGGCAGAGGCAGUCGCUCUUGAGCAGGUGAACAAUGCUAUCGCGGAAGAGAUUUCCAAGGCCAAGGAGGAGUCAGAGGACGGCUUGACCAUCCGAGCUGCUUCUCCAUCUGCGACUUCCCAGGUUGUGGAGUCUUUCGAAUCCGAGCCACGAUCAGACAGCCCUGCCACCAUCUUCACCCCGAGCGAGAGCUUUUCGAGCGCCGAGUCCGUCGAGAGCGAGACCUAUACCGAACACAUCCUUCAGCUCGCCGAGAACAAGCAGUAUGGAGAUAUCCCAGCGGCCUUCCAGAGCAUGCUGCGCGCUGGCGUGCAGAAGCCAUCGCAGGGAGCCUACCGUGCACUACUUAGCUCUGCCAUUGAACUCACCCAUGGCAAGCACCAGAAAGCACCAAAGGCACUCGAAGUCUACUCAGACAUGCUGAGGAGGAGAGUUACGCCUGAUGCAGUGACAUAUGGCAUGCUCAUUGAACUCCUGUCCGCCAGAGCGUCGGAGUCGGUCACCAUGAGGAAGGCUUUGGAGCAGCGCCUUACUCGGUACGGUGGUCUCGAGGAGCCUGGCAAGUUCAUGUUCCGCUCAAGCCAGUCUGAGCACACCAUGCUCGUUGAAGACAGCUCGCUUUCCAUCGCCCUGAAGAUGUUCGAGCGAGCAAUCGCCAGCACUUCUGAGCCACUGCCAAGCGAGGCAUGCGCGUGCCUUGUCAUUGCGAGCGCCGAGCAAGGUCGCGUGGAGGACAUGACCCGUGUCUACCAGUACAUGGAGGAGCAGUCACUUGAGCCGUUGACCGCCAUCUACGCCCCGAUGAUUGCCGCUUUCGGUAUUAACGGUGACCUGAGGAAUGCGGUUGAGGUGUACGACGAGUAUAAGGAGCUGGCUGUGGCCAACAACUCUGGCAAGAACACCAUUGCCCGGAUUGACAACCAGAUCUACGCUGCACUCAUCAAAGCAUACGGAUCUGCAGACAGAUUGAAGGGUGGCUUGAAAUUCUUGGCAAGCAUCCAGGCCGACAUUGAGAACCCCAAGGAACUAGAGAAACUGCGUGAAGUAGUUGCUCUUGAAGCCCUUCUCCCACUGGCCCUCAAAGACACCACCUUCAAGGACGCCUUCGACUUGACUGGAUCUCUCACCGGACACGCCCAUACCGCUGCUCUGGCAACCAUCGCCACGACAGCUGCCGACAAGAACAUCCCAGACAUCAGCCUUCGCGCUUUCGACACCCUUGCUCAGCAUAGUAAAGACCUUGCUGAACCAAGCAUGGCAAUGCUCGCCAUGCACGUACGCAACGCCAACGUCGAGGCUGCCGAGCCAUUCUGGCGAAUCUUGGAGGCGGCUCCUGUCACUCUUGCAUUUAUUGAACCCACGACCAUGCGCGCUGUAGCACUCAUCGGCAUUGGCCAAGCUGAGCGCGGCUUGCGCCAGAGCCGACGCAUGUUCGCACGAAUCCGCGAGGUCCAAACCGAAAGCCAGCAGGCCGAGACUGCUGAGCACAUCGACGAGGCAAUCGAGCUGAUUGGGACCUUCAUGCUCAAGAGUCAGGCGACGCUGAUGCCAGAGGCCAGUCUGGAGCUGCUGCGAAUGAUGACCGAGAAUGGCAGUCUUAUUGCGCCGAUUGCGGAGCACUUGGUCGCGCGCUUUGGUCCAGAGCACAUUGCCCGUCUCAACCAGGCUGACUUGGAGUUCUUGCUGCGAGUGCAGAGUGGCAUGAUCUUGGAUGAGAUCUCAACUGAGAUCGCUGGCCCUGCUCGAUUCGGCUGCAUGUUGGAAAACAUCGUGUCGCGAUCCCUGAUGCCUGCCGCUGAGACGGAGGUCCUCCUUGAGAAGACCCUCAUCAACAUCGACCGCGCCGAAUUGUCGAGGCUCUGGAACAACUACCGCUACCCAACAACCCCAGCACUGUACCAGCCCUCGCCGUUCACUCCCGUGGUUCCCUACCAGCAGGCUCCUACCUCGUUCGAGGAUACCUACGAUCCAUAUGCCAACCGCACUGAUGUCAAGGGUUCGAACCUGAUCAACGAGCUUCUCGAGAAGCCACAUGGCCGUCGCAUGAACGAGGCUUUGGCCAAGUUCCGCAACAUGCGUAGGGUCGGACGUAUCCCUCGCAUGUUCACAUACGGCAAGCUGAUUGAGUCGGCUGCCAAGGAGAACAACCUCAACCUCGCCCACGAUAUUCUCGAGAUGGCCAAGCAGGACGUUCCGUUCGAUGCACGCUACCGCGUUGUCCGCUUCGGCUGGCAGCAGAUUCUGGACCACAUGGUCGCCGGAUGCCUCAACAUCGGCCGCCGUGACCUAGCUGCUCGCUACCACCAGGACAUGCUCGACAUGGGUUUCGCUCCAUCUGCCAACACGUUCGGUCUGUACAUCACCACGCUCAAGGAGAACACCAAGACAUUCGAUGAGGCCUCCGAGGCCGUGAAGAUCUUCCUUCGAGCCAAGGCUGAAGGUGUCGAGCCAUCGUCAUUCCUCUACAAUGCUCUCAUUGGCAAGCUCGGCAAGGCACGACGCAUCGACGACUGUCUGUUCUACUUCGCUGAGAUGCGCAACCUCGGCAUUCGCCCAACUUCGGUCACCUACGGCACGAUUGUCAACGCUCUCUGCCGAGUGUCUGAUGAGAAGUUCGCUGAAGAGAUCUUUGAGGAAAUGGAGUCCUGCACCAACUACAAGCCACGCCCAGCUCCUUACCACUCUUUGAUGCAAUUCUUCCUCAGCACCAAGCGCGAUCGUAGCAAGGUCAUCUCUUACUACGAGCGCAUGCGCGGCAAGGGUAUCGAGCCAACGAUCCACACCUACAAGCUUCUGAUUGACACCCACGCCACGCUCGAACCUGUCAACAUGACCGCAGCCGAGGCUGUCCUCAGCGACAUGAAGGCAAACAACGUCCAACCCGAAGCUGUCCAUUACGCCUCGCUUAUCCACGCCAAGGGUUGCGUUCUGCACGACAUGGAAGCCGCCAAAGCUCUCUUCGACCAGGUCAUCUCUGAAGCCAAGAUCACUCCUCAGCCAUGCAUGUACCAAGCGCUCUUCGAGAGCUUGAACGCCAACCACCGUUCUGCCGAGUGUGAGCCUCUGUUGGCAGACAUGGCUGCUCGUCGUGUCGACUUCACCCCGUACAUUGCGAACGCUCUCAUCCACGGCUGGACCCUGGAGAAGAACAUCACCAAGGCUAAGGAGGCUUUCAACCGCGUGCCACUUUCGCGCCGCGAGCCUAGCACCUACGAGACCAUGGUCCGCGCCUACCUCGCUGCUGAGGACCGCGAUGCUGCCAAGACUGUUGUUCGUGAGGCCCUGAGUCGGGGUUACCCGAGUGCCGUCGCUGGCAAGAUCGCUGAGCUGGUCCGCUAA